AUGGUCAAUAUACUGACAGUACCAAGGCCACAACCAUCAUACCCAGCUCUUAUCGAUCCAGUCGUGGAGCAAAAGGAAGAUGCAAUCGCCAGCGGCCUGAAAGGUCUCCAGCCGACGGAGGCACAGUUCCCGUACCGACCAGGUUUCGGAACUCGAGGCAAACAGAUACAACUCUGGACCAAUUACUUCGAGCUGAUACAUCACGGUGAUCUUGUUCUCCACCGAUACGCAAUCGCUAUACUCCCCGACCGAAACGGCAAAACACCUGCUGGCAGGAAGUUGAAAAGGAUCAUCAAGAUCCUUCUCGAAGAGCAUCUCGGCCAAUACCGGCCGGGAAUUGUCACCGAUUAUAAGUCUACUAUUCUUAGCAAGGACGCUUUGGAAGUUACUGGGUCGUACGACGUGAGCUACCGGGGCGAGGAGGAAGAAGAUCCAUCCCCAAACCAAAUUAUCUAUCAGGUCACACUUCACCAAAACGCCGUGCUGUCGAUUUCUGAACUUCUCGACUACGUAAACUCCACGGACUCUACACGGCUGGUUGGAUCAAAGGAAGAGUUGAUCCAAGCUCUGAACAUCGUCAUCGGACACUGUCCCAAGGAGGAGCCCUCCAUAGUCAACAUCGGGGCCAACAAACAUUACGGCAUGUUACCUCCAAGUGAUAGAUUUGAUCUGGGAGCGGGCCUACGCGCUAUCCGCGGCUUUUUUACGAGCGUCCGACUAGCUACUGCUCGUGUACUCGUCAACGCUCAAGUGAAGCACGCAGCCUUUUACACUGCGGGUCCGUUGGACGGCUUGAUGCAGAGUUUCAUUCGCGAAAACGGACAGAACAAGGUCAAAUUGCUCAAGUUUGUCACACGACUCUUGGUAAAUGUCACUCACAUUGUUCGGAGAAGUAGCAGCGGCCGAGCCAUUCCCCGUAUCAAGGUUAUCGCGGGUCUUGCGAAGCCAGCUGAUGGAGCACAGCAGCACAAGCCACCCGUCGUCCCCGAAUUCGGUGCAGGCCCAAAGAAUGUGCAAUUCUUCCUUGCUGGAGGCCAGAAACAGCCUCCUAAGCCAAAAGGUGGCACAAGUAAAGGCGCUGUCAGAGGUGGUGCUGCAUUGGGACCAGGGCGGUAUAUCAGUGUCUUUGACUUCUUCCAGCAAACCUACAACAUUACAAUUCGAGAUACCAGUCUUCCAGUGCUUAACGUCGGUACUUCGGACAAUCCGGUCUAUCUUCCUGCUCAAGUGUGUGUAGUACGUGGCGGCCAGCACACCGUGCAACAGCUCAGUCCUUCACAAACCCAGAACAUGAUAAGAUUUGCCGUGCGAUCGCCGGAACGCAACGCGACUUCAGUCACUGUCACUGGCAGGCAAUUCCUAGGAUUUGAUUCUACAAGCAGCACACUCAGUACCCUUGGGCUCAGAGUUGAUCACAAGCUCUUGUCAGUUGCAGGACGUGUUCUAGACAGCCCCAGCGUCUUGUAUCAUGGUCUGAGAGAGGCGGGGACUCAAUUUGGUAGCUGGAAUCUACAGAAGGCGCGUUUUGCGACUGCUAAAGCCCUGCCCUACUGGACAUACCUCGCAAUCUCUUUCGCUGGACGAGAUUUGCCAUGGGGUACGGAGUCCAAUCUCCAGAACCAAAUCAGCGAGUUGACCAAGAAAUUGAACGAGGUGGGCAUCACUGCAGCUCGAUGCAUUCAGGGAAUGACCUUGUCGGUUAAUGCAGCGAAUGCUGAGUCGCAGAUUGAUGCCGCCAUCCAUCGAUUCAUGAACAGCCCGAAUAGACCGCCGCCCAACUUCCUGCUGGCCAUAAUGCCUGCAAGAGACGCAAUGAUCUACAAUCGAGUGAAGUACGCUUGCGAUGUCAAGGAGGGGCUCCUCAAUAUCUGCGUCGUCGCUUCGAAGUUCAUGAAACCGAACAACGAUCAGUAUUUUGCCAACGUCUCAUUGAAGGCUAACCUCAAACUGGGUGGCACCAACCAUACUCUCGACAGCUCCAAGCUUGGCAUCGUCGCCAAGGGAAAGACUAUGGUCGUUGGCCUAGAUGUCACGCAUCCGUCACCUGGUUCGACCAAGUCUGCUCCCAGUGUGGCGGGCAUCGUGGCUUCGGUGGAUAAACGGCUCGGUCAGUGGCCUGGUGAACUGCACAUAUUACCUGCACGCCAGGAGAUGGUCAGCGGGCUGAAAGACAUGGUCAAAGCGAGACUAAAGUAUUGGCAGCUCAAACACAAAGUACUUCCCGACAACAUCCUUGUCUACCGCGACGGUGUCUCCGAAGGCCAGUACCAAGCGGUGCUCGACAACGAGCUCCCGUCGUUCAGAGCGGCGUGCAAGGAGCUUUACACAGCCCAACAAACCAACAAGGGCAUCCCUCGCAUCACCAUUGUUAUCGUGGGAAAACGCCACAGCACCCGCUUCUAUCCUACCGAGGCCAAAGACGCUGACCGCUCCUCCAACCCACCCAACGGCACCGUCGUCGACCGGGGCAUUACCGAGGCUCGCAACUGGGACUUCUUCUUGCAAGCCCACACUGCGAUCCAAGGCACCGCCCGCCCGGCCCACUAUUUCGUCAUCCUGGACGAGAUCUUUCGCGCGCACCCUGUACAGGCGCCCUAUGCCCACAGCGGCGACGCCCUGGAAGACCUCACCCACAACUUGUGUUACUUGUUCGGGAGGGCCACGAAGGCCGUCAGCAUCUGUCCACCGGCGUACUACGCGGACCUGCUCUGUGAGCGCGCACGGUGCUACCUGAGCCGCGUGUUCGAUCCAGAGGCGGCGGAAACUGGGUCAACUAUCUCUCAGUCCACGCCAGCCACCGAUAUGGGCAACGCGAUACGAAUUCACGCAAACGUGAGGGACUCCAUGUUUUAUGUGUAG